UGGAAGAAAGAAUCACUUCAUGGAUAAACGGAACCACUGAACAGAAAAUGAUGGUUGCAGCGGAGGCCAUUUUCUGAAGGAGACACUUAGCGCUGCAUAAUCAGGUUUUAUUAAACAGCUUAUGUUCGAAUAUAAACGGAAUACGAGAGUCUGCUGGCCGGUCUGUCAGCCAUGAUGUCCCAUGGAUUUAAAAGUAGUAAGCAAGACUUUACAUUUGGACCAUGGAAGGUUACUGCAGAAAAAACCCACAUAAUGAAAUCAAAAGACAUUGAGCGUUUAGCUGAAGAGAUGCACAUGCCCGCACUGCCUGAGAUGCUGUUUGGGGACAACGUGCUGCGCAUUCAGCACACCGACAGCUUUGGGAUUGAGUUCAAUGCCAUCGAUGCCCUGAAGUGCGUCAACAACCUGCAGGAGUCUGUGAAAGUGGCCUGUGCACAGGAGUGGCAGGAGAGCAGAGCUGAUUCGGAGCACUCCAAGGAGGUGGUGAAGCGUUAUGACUGGACAUACACCACAGACUACAGAGGAACCUUGCUGGGGGAUGAGCUGAAGAUAAAGGUGACACCCACUACAGAGCGCAUCGACAUGGAGAGGCUAAAGGCACGAGAGCAGAUCAUGUUCUUUGAGGACGUGUUGCUGUUUGAGGAUGAGCUGCAUGACCAUGGAGUCUCCAUGAUCAGCGUUAAAAUUAGAGUGAUGCCCACCAGUUUCUUUGUGUUGAUGCGGUUCUUCUUGCGGGUUGAUGGGGUCAUGAUCCGGAUCAACGACACACGGCUUUAUCACGAGGCCGGUAAGGAUUAUAUGCUGAGAGAGUUCACAACUCGAGAAAGCAAAAUUUCAGGACUACAGCAUGUUCCCCCUGCUUUGUUCACUGACCCCAACGAGAUUUCCCAACACUUGCCUCUGAAGCUGACCGAGUGUGAGAAACUGGAGUUCCCUGAUGCUGGGUGUACUGACACGCCACAGUGACCGACAGACUGUCCAGAGAGCUGCAUAGUGAAGGGGGAGGACUGGUGUCUGAAGCUCAGUGGCUUCAUCUAGACUCCUCAUCCUGGGUGUGUAGACACCUAGGCAGGCAUAGCUGCCCUGCUCCCCAGUGACUUCAGCAUUUCAGACACGGAGGAACCACAGAAGACUUUUUUUCUCAAACCCACUCCUGAAACUUGCCUGCCUGUCUUAGAUGGAACUUCUCAUUAGUAUAGUCAAGGGAUCUUUUAUUUCAUAAUUUAGAAUCCCUUGUUUCAUGAGCACUUGUAACAGGAUGUCCAUGUCAUUUGGUACUUAAUCGCCUGUAAAUGUUUGAAAAUGACAAAUGCUGAACUGCAUUUUACCAUGGGGAACCAUUAAACUGGGGGUAAAGGCUUACUGUAAAUCACAAAAUAUAGCUUGGCCUUUUGAAGUAGAACUUUUAAUUUACACUUGAUCUUGAUAAACCACGACAAGGUGCAUAGGUAUGUAGUAAAUUCCCACUCAAUUCUGUUUUGGCUUUACCUGCAGAGGCCAACUGCAAAAUACAUUUAAUUUCCAUCAGUCCUCCAUCUCUUAAUUUGUUGUCUGCCCACUGUUGUUGAAUUGCAUACAUUGGUGUGGUAUUAAUGUAUAAAUAAUUACUCUCACAUCCAACCAUAAUUUUUUAAAAAUCAAUAAACUAAUUAUGUUGUGUUAACAUAUUUUGGGGGAUUUUGAGGAUAAAAUGCAGUCAUAUGCACUGUAAUAAAAUGUAUAGUUUCAUAUAUUUCUAAUUAUAGCUUCUACUAUUCCCUGAACAUGACACCUGCAAUGAUUGCAAUGAUUAAAAACGUCUCUAUUGGAA